UCGCUAAGUGUGUCCUACAGCGCGCACCAUAAAAUGACGUCAUUUGUUUGUUGACAUUUUAUUGACUGAGCUGUGCCGUGGUAAUAAGUAGAAAAUAAGGUAAAGAUUAAGUGAAAAAUUGUUUAUUGGCCCUUGCUUUAAUAAAACAUAGUAUUUUAUUUUUUGUCAUCACUGGUUGAGAUUCAGGACUGCGGUCUUAUUUCAUUCUAAAACGCUGUGGCAUAAAUAUUUUAACCAAAAGAACGUUGGUAGGAACUUUGUUUUGAUUGAGGGCUUCUGGGCAAGGGCCAUUAGCAAUAUUCAAGAGUGCUGGCUCUUUACUGUUCUUUGCAGUGGCGGCGGCAUCAUGAAUUGUCGUUCCGAGGUACUGGAAGUGUCGGUAGAGGGCCGACAGAUUGAGGAAGCAGUGCUGGCACUACUCCAUACCAUUCUUUUGCACCGCAGUACUGGCAAGUUUCAUUAUAAAAAAGAAGGCACGUAUUCGAUUGGCACCGUGGGCAUUCAGGACACUGAUUGCGACUUCAUUGAGUUUACCUAUGUCCGUCUGACAUCUGAAGAGUUGGAUAGAUCCUUGCGCAAGGUAGUCGGAGAGUUCAAGGAUGCCUUGCGCAAUUCUGGUGGUGAUGGCAUGGGGCAAAUUUCAUUGGAGUUUUACCAGAAGAAGAAGUCUCGUUGGCUUUUUUCAGACGAAUGUAUCCCGUGGGAGGUGUGGACCAUAAGAGUCAAUGUGGUGAAUUUGGCAAAUGAACAAGAGCGCCAGAUCUGCAGGGAAAAGAUUGGAGAAAAGCUGGGAGAAAAGGUCAUAAACAUCAUUGAAGUGAUGAAUCGACAUGAAUACUUACCCAAAAUGCCAACACAGUCAGAGGUGGACAAUGUGUUUGAUACCAGCUUGAAAGACAUUCAACCUUAUCUAAACAAAAUCACCUGUCAAAUCACAGAUUCUCUGGGUACUUCUGUCACUACUACCAUGAGACGUUUGAUUAAAGACACACUACAGCUGUAACUUAUGUUGGAUUUGUUAAAGACUGGUUCCUUUAGUUAAACGCAGGAAUGUGGUUGAUUUGCUCCUUUCUUAGAAUAUCGCCAUUUAUGGUUUUGUACCUAAACAGUGUAUAUGUUGAACAGACAAAGACUGUUAAAGCUACUGUUGGCAGUAUAUGCAGAUGUAUAGCACUGCCCUACCUUACCCUUGUGCAGCAAUACUCCUCUCCCCUUGUAUGUGCCUGCCACAGUGUUAAAACAGUGUGGAAAUGAUUUGCUUUGCAUUGCUGAUACAAACUGUUGCUUGCCAAGGUCCUAUAUUCUUGUUUCUGCAAGAGCAGUAUUCAGAAAACUAUGCUUAAGUUCACAGUUAUUGACAGUUUCUUGUUUUAAUAAAUUUGGAAGACCUGUAAUCCCUUGCACAGAUGGACAUCUUGUAUGAAUGUUUGAGGAUGUGCUUUUUGGUUGUUUUUAAUUAAAUACAGCAGUUGUCACGUGGGAAAGGUUGUAAGUGCAUAAUGUUCAGAAAUAUACACACACACGCAUGCACAUAAGCUGUAAUUCUUUAAAAAAUACAAAGUUGAAAAAUAUAAAUGUCUAGUUUCAUAUUUUAUUAUUUUAGGUACAAAUUCAGUUUUGUUUGCAUGUUUUAGUUUUGCCUUUGAUUUGGUUAUAGCUUCCUAUACUGUUGUAAAUGGAGUCAUACAGAAUUGUAUUUCUAGGACUGAAAACUUGCAGAUGUUUUGUUGUCCUUGAGCUAAUUACAUCUGCAGAGAAUUACAAACUGCUGUCCGCAUAGAAGCCCCCCCCCCCCACUUUACAUACAUCAUCCAUAUCCAGGUGAUAUUUUGUAGCUUAAAGGGCACUGCACACUGAUGUCAAGUUUUUCACAACACUGUAUGACUUAUCUUCCCUUUAAUUCAACACCAAAUAUGAAAGGUAAGUGUGCACGUGUCUGUGUGUGUGCAGUUUGUAAACUUUAGAUAUUUAUUGCAUUAUGUACUGCAUCAUGGUGACUGCUGUGAGGUGUUUGAAUAGUGGAUGGAUAGCUGUACUAAGAUAUUUAAAGCCUUAAUAAAAUAAUUGUACUACUCAUUCAUUUGCAGAAAGGCUCAACAGAUGUUAGGGGCUUAAAGCUUGGUACAAGCUUUGCACCUGCAUCAUUUGUAGCUUGCAUUAAGUGAUAGGGCAUUUGACACUGCAGCCUGGGGCCAUGGGAACUGUAUCUGGGACUAGAGUUCAGAUAUAUUUAAGUUGUAGUAAUCCAGAGACUCCUCCUGGAAUAACAUCCAAAACUGGUACAAAAGUCUGUUCAUAGGCUUGCUGCUAAUAAAAUCAGAGGGACACACUGGAAAAGAUACGCUAAUGUAUUCUCCAGAACACUGGAAGAAUGCAGUAAGUAAGAGUAAGUUUAAGUUAGUGGAGAGAAAAAUGAAAAUUUUUAUUACUGUGACAUAUAAUGAAGGGACAGAAUGUUUUGCAGGAAGAAGCAGCCUCAUUUCUAAAACGAGAUCACUUUAGUAUGGCAGCCCUCUUUGAACUGUUUUUGGUCUACAGAAGUUACAGGUGAAAUUAAAGGGGAUGCAUUAGUACUGCAUUGAAGGUUGUGACAUGGUGAAAACCUGUCUUUCAUUUUGUGGGUGGAUUUAUACUUUAAAUGUAAGUGGUACCUGAUUUGUUUUAAAAGUAAUUAGAAAUGUAUACAUAGAGUUCAUGCUGUUUUCUGUUCUGUUAAGUUGGCUGUUAGUAUAUGAAUUGUAUCGGAUUCAUUUGUUCCACUGAGUUAUCCUUUGUCUAAAAUCUUAACAUACUUUCUGUAAUUUUUGCUGAAUUGAAAAGGAAUUUGAUGUCACUGAUGGACCAGAUGCAUCUGAAUCUUAGAAGAAAAGUGCAGACUGUGAUAAAUAUACUACUACAUCUUAAAAAUACAUGUAAAAUACCAGAUUUUUUUCAGAGAUAAGUCUGCUGCACAUAUAUCAAAUCAGUGGGAACAUAUAGAUUAGUCGACAACUGUUACAAGUGAUGUCAGAUGUCAGAAAUGUGGCCAAAACAAGUUUCACAAAUAGUGUGGGGGGGUCUCUUUCUCCACUAUUGUACAGCUUUGGACUAGGUCGAUAUAAGGAGCUGCAGUAGGGCUUGUCCCCUUGCAAAAAUGAAAAACAAAGACCUCCAAGGCUCAAUGAAAGUUGUUUUGGCCAUUUUUUUGGUGUGUUGAUACUAACUGUGUAAGGGUUGUUGAUAGAUCAGCAGUAGUUCAGACUGGUAUGUUACAGAUCACAAUUUUUUUCAGUUUGUACAGUAAAUUGUACUUUUCUUAUAUUAAGAUAUUUAUUAAAGAAAAAGUUAUUUCAUUGCUUAUUUUUAUUGCCUUUAGCAAAAUUUAAAUUCAUGGCAGGUAUUAAAAAAGAUAAGUACCUUUUAUUUAACCUACAGAGUUUAAAAAGACAUUUAUUAAUAUUCUUAUAGAUUGAUUGUAGAACUUAUUGCUAUCCCAAGUUGCAUUUUUUGUUUUACCUGUAAUGUACAUUUGUUAUAUUAUAUAAUAUUUAAAAUAAAAUGAUAUGCAGAUGUAA